GCCCGCCGCCCUCCUCUGCCGCGCAGCAUCGCCCCUGCACCCCAGAAAUCAUGCAUGAUGUGAUCAAGAAGGUCAAGAAGAAGGGGGAAUGGAAGGUGCUGGUGGUGGACCAGCUAAGCAUGAGGAUGCUCUCUUCUUGCUGCAAGAUGACAGACAUCAUGACCGAGGGGAUAACAAUUGUGGAAGACAUCAAUAAGCGCAGAGAACCACUCCCCAGCCUGGAGGCCGUGUAUCUUAUCACUCCUUCGGAGAAGUCAGUCCACUCUCUCAUCAGCGACUUUAAGGACCCACCAACUGCUAAAUACCGGGCUGCACAUGUCUUCUUCACUGACUCUUGUCCAGAUGCCCUGUUUAAUGAGCUGGUGAAAUCUCGAGCAGCCAAAGUUAUCAAAACACUGACGGAAAUCAACAUUGCAUUCCUCCCAUAUGAAUCCCAGGUGUAUUCUUUGGACUCUGCUGACUCUUUCCAAAGCUUCUACAGCCCUCACAAGGCUCAGAUGAAGAAUCCUAUCCUGGAACGUCUGGCAGAGCAGAUCGCAACCCUGUGCGCCACCCUGAAGGAGUACCCGGCUGUGCGGUAUCGGGGGGAAUACAAGGACAACGCCUUGUUGGCUCAGCUAAUCCAGGACAAGCUUGAUGCCUAUAAAGCUGAUGACCCAACAAUGGGGGAGGGCCCGGACAAGGCACGCUCUCAGCUCCUGAUCCUGGACCGUGGCUUUGACCCCAGUUCCCCUGUGCUUCAUGAACUGACUUUUCAGGCUAUGAGUUAUGAUCUGCUGCCUAUUGAAAAUGAUGUUUACAAGUAUGAGACCAGUGGCAUUGGAGAGGCCCGGGUGAAGGAAGUGCUCCUGGAUGAGGACGAUGACCUGUGGAUAGCGCUACGCCACAAGCACAUCGCGGAGGUGUCCCAGGAAGUCACCCGAUCUCUGAAAGAUUUUUCCUCCAGCAAGAGAAUGAACACUGGAGAGAAGACCACCAUGCGGGACCUGUCCCAGAUGCUGAAGAAGAUGCCCCAGUACCAGAAAGAGCUCAGCAAGUAUUCGACCCACCUGCACCUUGCUGAGGACUGUAUGAAGCAUUACCAAGGCACCGUAGAUAAACUCUGCCGAGUGGAGCAGGACCUCGCAAUGGGCACAGAUGCGGAAGGGGAGAAGAUCAAGGACCCCAUGAGAGCCAUUGUCCCCAUCCUGCUGGAUGCGAAUGUCAGCACCUACGACAAAAUCCGCAUCAUCCUUCUCUACAUCUUUCUGAAGAACGGCAUCACUGAGGAGAACCUGAACAAGCUGAUCCAGCACGCUCAGAUCCCUCCCGAGGACAGCGAGAUCAUCACCAACAUGGCGCACCUUGGUGUGCCCAUCGUCACGGAUUCCACGUUGCGCCGCAGGAGCAAGCCGGAGCGGAAGGAGCGCAUCAGUGAACAGACUUACCAGCUCUCACGGUGGACCCCGAUCAUUAAGGACAUCAUGGAGGAUACUAUCGAGGACAAACUUGACACCAAGCACUACCCGUAUAUCUCCACCCGCUCCUCUGCCUCCUUCAGUACCACUGCUGUCAGCGCCCGCUAUGGGCAUUGGCACAAGAAUAAGGCCCCUGGGGAGUACCGCAGCGGCCCCCGCCUCAUUAUUUUCAUCCUGGGAGGCGUGAGCCUGAACGAGAUGCGCUGUGCUUACGAGGUGACCCAAGCCAACGGCAAGUGGGAGGUGCUGAUAGGAUCCACGCACAUUCUCACCCCACAGAAACUUCUGGACACGCUGAAGAAACUGAAUAAAACAGAUGAAGAAAUAAGCAGUUAAAAAACAUAAGCCGCCCCUCCAAACCACGACCCCUUCCCCACAGUGCUCCUCAGCUCCCUAGUGCGACACCUCAGUUAUUUUGCUGCCUCCUGGCCCUGCACGCCCUGGCUGGCCCUGUCGCGCUGCAUUCUAGUGUUUCAUGAUGCCCUCUUCUCGUUUGGAUCAAAAAAGAAUAAUGCAUUGUGUUUUUUAAAAAGAGUAUCUUAUAUAUGUACCCUACAAGGAGGAGUUCACGUGCAAGCGCUGUACCGCAGAGGUCAGUGAACUCUAGAACGACUGGCCUCCUCCCCGUUAUUUAUGAUCCUGUGGCCUUGUACAUAGCCCCAGCGACAUGUGCAAAUUGCUUGAGUAUGGAAAGAUAAGAAGUUUGGGGGCCGGGAAUUUAGCUCAGUGGUUCCGCCGCCUGCCUCGAAAGCAUGAGGACCCGAGUUCGAUCCCUGGUACCAAAAAAAAAAAAAGAAGUUUGGGUGUUGUUAUGAUCUUGUUUUGGGUUGUUCCUGUUCCAGUCGGGACUCAUAGGGCUGUCUGUUCUCAAAGUAUUUCACACUGAGGAAGAAUCUGUUCUCUUCACUCCAGUUCCUCCCCCUUGGUGCCUGUUCUCGUCCAGAUCAGCUGAGAAGUGACAGUCAGGGGACAGACACGUUGUGAGGCUGGAGAGUCUUCCCCCACCAGCUCGUGCUCCCGGUGGUUAUGGCUACAGGUGGGGGCUGACGGGGUUCGCAGAAAGCCAACCUGGGUAUUGGCUGGCAUCUUCUCCACAGCUGGCAGUGCCCUCCCUGACCUGUGUCCCCAGAGCUGUGACGCUGAGAGAAGUCCCCCAGCCUGAGUCACCGUGGCCAGAUGGAUGAAGAGCAGUUGUUCGCUGGGACCUCUGGGGAGACAGGCCUGCCCACUCGACCAGACCCCUUCCUGCCCUGGCAGUGUCCGUAACAGCCCCUUUUCACUGGCAGGGUCAGUCUGGGAAGGCUCGAGUGUCAGGAAGCCCUGGUCAGGGGACCCUCUGCUGGAGGAAGGCCCGUGGACCUGAAGAACGGGGCCCCUCUGUCCUCUCAUUGGAUUGAGGCCCUGCCGGUCCCUGUCUUGCAAGCAACAUUUGUUAGAUUAUCCUCAGUUUAAAAUACUUACAAUUCUUUAUUUUGUAUAUGUCAUUGUGGUCGUAAGAGAAAAUGAUCAUUUUAUUCUCUGUAUAAAAAUGUAGCUGUAAAGCAGAAAUUAAAGAAACAGAUGCUGGAAGGAUGUCUCCUCAUCCUCAGGACUCAGCAGUUUCCCGGUGUCGGGGAGUGAGCACACUGCUUGUUCUGCUGCUGUUGUCAGGAAAUUCGACAGUGGAAGUCACAAAAACGUCCCUGCCCAGUCCCCGCCUCCCUCCCCCUCCCGCACUGCGUAUUUUACUGUGUCCUGUGAUGUGGUGUAUGCUAGCUCAGCGCAGCCUCUGCCUUCCUUGACAAUGUGUUCCUCACCCUCGGUUAGGUGCAUUGUGGCGUUCUCUCUCCUGGCUUUGAAAUCUCCCUCUGCACUCAGAUUAGUUUUCAGGUCUCCUCCUGGUCGCCCCCUCCCCUUAAGAGAUCUAAUUUCCUUAGGACAGAACUGUAGGACCUUGCAUUGGUUUGUUUCUUACCGUCGCUGCUUGUUCUGUCCCUCCCUCUGACCAAGCAAUGCUUCAGGACCUCGUUUGUCAAACGUGUUGGUUUUCCUUUCUCUGUUAUUUAUAUAAAAAUAAUUUAUCAAAAGGAUAUUUUAAAAAAGCUAGUCUGUCUUGAAACUUGUUUACCUUUAAAUUAUCAGAAUCUCAGUGUUUGAAAGUAUUGAAGCACAAACAUGUAUCAUCUCUGUACCGUUCUGUACUAAAGCACUCAAGUCUAAUAAAUAAAGAAAUCGGCACCCAC